ACCUUUGGUUUAUGCCAUUUUUGAAUCUUUCAAAAUAAUGUUUGAGUGAGAUCCUCAGUUGGUUUUAAUUCUCGAUUCAGAUGCCUUUAUUUGUUUCUGUUUUUGUUUGACUGUUACAUGUGAAAGGACAAGAGUUUUUAAAUUUUUUUCACAACUCAACUAAGUUUUUAAGUCGCUGGAAAAGUUUUCAAGUUUAAGUGUCAAAAAGUGGUAGAAAAACAAAGGAAGACUUGACAGCUGCAAACAUUACUAGAAUAAUUUUAAAAUAUAGAAAAAAAAAAAAAACUAAACAGAAAGGGAAUAAAAUUAAACAAAGGGGCAUAAGAGGAAUAGACAUAAAUGACGUGAGGAUACUCUAUAGCCCCACUUCCCGCCCAAACCCUCAAACCCAAUCAGAGUAAUCUGACAUCUCCAUCGUCGGAAAUGGAUGCUGCCGGUCCCGGCAAAGAUCUGGCGAGCUUUCUCAUACGCCACCAUUCCGAUCAGCUUCGCUCCAUCCUUCUCUCCUCUGAUUCUCGCCUCCAUUACCCUCUCUAUGUCGAUCUCGCAGAGUUGAUGGAUGACAAUCCACCCCUUGCUCAACUUAUUUUCUCUCAACCCACUGAGUACUUGCAUCUAUUCGACGAAGCAGCUAGAUGGGCUCAGAAAGUCAUUGCGGCGGAUUGCAAAGCUUGGAAUAAUGCGACUGUAAAGGAAUUUGUGCAUGUUCGAAUCAACAUCAGCGGUUCUCCUCUGGAAUGCUCUGAGACUUUUCCAAGCAUUGGACGCAUAAGGGUGAAGCAUCGGGGGAUUCUUCUCACUCUAAAGGGAACUGUAAUCCGGUCUGGAGCGAUCAAGAUGAUUGAAGGGGAGAGGGAUUACCUGUGCCGAAAAUGCAAGCACAGGUUCACAGUUUUUCCCGAGUUGGAAACUAGAAAUUCCGUACCACUGCCAUCAUCUUGUCCCUCCCAGGGAUUUAAAGGAUGCGAAGGCACCAAUUUCCAGCUAAUAGAAGACAGUAUAAUGCGCCAUGAUUAUCAAGAAAUUAAAAUCCAGGAGAAUACACAGGUGUUGGGUGUUGGGGCUGUCCCUCGUUCAAUUCCUAUUAUUCUGAAGGAUGAUCUCGUUGACAUUGUUAGAGCCGGAGAUGAUGUAAUUGUUACCGGUGUUUUGACCAUGAAAUGGUCCUCAGACUUGAAGGAUGUCCGAUGUGACCUUGAUCCUGUAUUAAUUGCUAAUCAUGUGAGGAGAACUAAUGAGCAGAAGUCAGAUAUAGAUAUCCCCGAUGACGUUGUUAUGAAAUUCAAGAACUUCUGGUUGGAAUUCAAAGAUACCCCAUUAAAAGGGAGAAAUGCUAUUCUGAGAGGUAUAUGCCCGCAAGUUUUUGGACUCUUCACCGUAAAGCUUGCAGUUGCAUUAACGCUUAUUGGAGGUGUGCAACAUGUUGAUGGUUCUGGGACAAAAGUUCGAGGAGAAUCACAUUUGCUUCUUGUUGGUGAUCCAGGUACUGGAAAGUCUCAGUUCUUGAAGUUUUCCGCUAAAUUAAGCAACAGAUCAGUUAUAACUACCGGGUUGGGAAGCACUAGUGCUGGAUUAACUGUUACUGCAGUCAAGGAUGGAGGGGAAUGGAUGUUAGAAGCUGGGGCUCUUGUAUUAGCAGAUGGUGGCCUUUGUUGCAUAGAUGAAUUUGAUAGCAUGAGGGAACAUGACAGGGCAACCAUACACGAAGCAAUGGAGCAGCAGACUAUAAGUAUUGCAAAGGCUGGUCUUGUCACAACACUCAGCACUAGGACGAUAGUCUUUGGUGCAACAAAUCCUAAGGGACAUUAUGAUCCUAGUCAAACUCUAUCUGUCAACACAACACUCUCUGGACCCUUAAUAAGCAGAUUUGAUAUAGUCCUUGUCUUAUUGGAUACGAAGAACCCUGAGUGGGAUGCAGUUGUUUCGUCUCACAUUCUUGCGGAGGCUGAACCAGAGAAAGGCAAGAGUAACGAAGAUCUAGCGAACGUAUGGCCGCUUUCGAUGCUUAGACGGUAUAUUCAAUUUGUUAAAGGAUAUUUCAAACCAAUCCUUACAAAGGAAGCUGAAAAAGUUAUUUCGAGCUAUUACCAACUCCAAAGAAGAUCUGCAACUCAAAAUGCAGCAAGGACAACCGUGCGCAUGCUGGAAAGUUUAAUAAGACUUGCUCAAGCACAUGCAAGACUGAUGUUCAGAAACGAGGUAACUCGAUUAGAUGCCAUCACUGCCAUUUUAUGCAUCGAAUCAUCCAUGACUACCUCAGCCAUAGUGGACUGCAUUGGGAAUGCCCUGCACUCCAACUUCACCGAAAACCCUGAUCAAGAAUAUAUUAAGCAAGAAAAGCUGAUACUUGACAAGCUGAGCUCCAUUGAUGAAUUUCCUGACAUAAACAGCACGGGAAGAUCGAUAAGUGGGUGAGACUGUAUGAAGAGCAAAAGCAUCUUGUUUUAAAUGGUAAACUCGAUUUCAAGUUGCUGCUCAUUAGCACAGGGGGUUUUCUAAGCGGAAUGGUUGUACCAAUUUUUACUACGAAGAUCUUAUCAGUUGCUAUACAGGUGAUAGGUUAUUAAAAUUUGUGAAUAUCUGUGAUUUAUUAGGGGUAAUUAAACAGUAUGUCCUUUGAUAAUGUAUGUAACUCCGAAAAGUUAAU